GUUUGACCAACUACACCACCAUCACCACCAACGUAACCAAAAACCAGGCCUGGCCUCAUUUCUUCUGUUGUCCUCGAGGAUUUCGGAAGUGGAGAAAAACAACAGCGAACAACGGGACUUGAGACGUAGAGAUCAUGAGCCACUUCAGGACAGACAGUGGAGACAGAGCAGCAAACGCCUUCCAGUUUGGUUCAGUGUUUCAGUGCAUUAUCGAGGAGAUGGAUCAGGAAGAUCUGAUAGAUGUAGCCCACGCUGCUCUCAAUCAAAUGCUGGCAGCUCCACCCAACCCUCUCCGUGCUGUCCCUGCAGUAGAGUUUGAAUUUAACAACACCGCUCAGCCAGUGAAUGAAGACCUGAAUGGAGUUUAUGAUAGCUACCUUCCCAUGGAGGCAGCUACACUUGGCUUUGAGCAUCCUUUUACAGCUGCAGCAACACUAAGUGUUGAACAGCCUGCUCCCAACAGCUACUAUCUAAAUACCAUGUCAGAUGACCUAUACAACCAUGACCAGCACCUUCCAUAUCAGUGGCCUGAAUAUGACGCUCCUCCAGCAGCCAUCAGAGCUCCUCCACUCUCGAAUCUGCCGUCAUUGAUGCCGCAAGGUCAGGAGCAGAACAUGAAAUCUGUUGGGAUGGUUUCCAUGAAUUCCCAUGAGUUUCCACAUAGAAAACGCAGGUGUAAAGGUCAACAGGUAGACGAUCAGCCCUAUGUGAAGAAGCCUCCCAACGCUUUCAUGCUGUUCAUGAAGGAGCACAGGGCAAAUGUUGUGGAGGAGCUCAAGUUGAGUGAUAAUGCAAUGGUGAACAUGGCCCUUGGCGAUCGGUGGAGGGUCAUGUCCGACACACAACAGGCCAAAUACUACGAGGAAGCUGAAAGGCUGAGGAAACUCCACGCAGAAAAAUAUCCAUGGUGGACGACCCGUGACAACUACGGCAAAAAGAGGAAAAGGAUCAGGAGGAGGUGUCCUGUUAUUUGUGAGGAGGAUGAAGAAGAAGAAGGAGGAGAAGAAGAAGAAGAGGAAGAAGAAGAAGAAGAAGAAGCAGUCUGAGCGCCCAUGCAUACCCCCUCCCAUCAUUGCACAGCUUAUUUUACUAAAAAGUCAUACUGAGAUUCAGAAUAUCUUUCAAGUGAGAACUAAAUCUAGUCAGUGUAUAUUAAUGUAAAUAUGUAAAUAAAUAUGGUGACAUUUUACAUGUUG